AUGGCCGGCAUACAGGACACAGCAAUAAUGCCCAAUAUCCCUCCGGCUGCGACUGCGUCGCUGGCAGCCGCGCAUAACUUAGCCAACAACGCCUCCAACGUGACGACAACGAGAUCCCUCCUAUCCUCCUCACGCGACCUCCUCAGCGUCCCCUUUCGCGCCAUCUACCGGGCAGAUACAUACGCUUUCUCGACUCUCCCAAGUCAAGUCGCGAAGUUGGUUGGACUGCAAAGCAUGGCCGCACAACUGAUGGAUGAUACUACUGCUUCCGGGGGAGCUCCUGGGGGUGAGACAGUGGCGCGGGCCGCGGCGGAAACGGUGGUGGGUGAAAGUACUGCCGGUGCUGCGGCUGCUGCGGCUGCAGCUGGGCAGGAAUCGGGGUUUUAUAUUGCGGACUUCUUCCAUACGUUGAGAAGGCUUAGUGGGUUCUUUUCGUACUUGACGAGUCGGUGGUCGUUGGCUUGUUUUACGGUGGCUCUUGUUUUGAACAGGAUUACUAUCUAUGCGUCGACGAGACGACAUCUGCAUUUACAAUGGGAUCGACGGUUAGCGUUGCGGAUCAUCCCCAUCGUACUUUUCGUAUCUCAGAUAGUCUCCCUCCUUCGAGCAUUACGUUGCCAGACAUCACCCGAUUAUUCACUUAUACGUUAUGGCUCGCCUGGAAAGGGUAUGGCGCUCGACCAUGCCGGAGGCGGUGGCUUUUUAUAUUCUCUGAGUUCGAAGCUUCUACCGUGGGAGUCGGAUCAAGGGUCGUGCAGUGCGGUCAAUAUGGGUACUCCGAUCAACGCUUCGGAAAUUCCGUAUGGAUCUUUUGCUCUUCUCUGGCCAGUGUUUCUGCGAUUGUGUCUUAGCCACUUUGUAGAGACACUCUCUUGCGCGUUGCAGGGAAGGGCUGUUGUGACGGAAGCGGGAAUGUCUAUCUUCGAACAUUCGCUCGCCUUUGCGGAGGCUGAAUCCAUCAUCAGUCAGUCUAUUGGUCUGGGAAUAUUUGGUCUGCAUAAGCACGGACGAGAUGAUACAUCAGUUUCCGCCUCCGCCGCCGCGGCUGAGGGUGGUCGUGCUUCGCUCCAUGUACUUACCAGGGCACAAGUUUUGGAGCGGAUGAAUGUGUCGCCUGAACUGCUUUUGAUUGCUCUGAUCUCGUGCUGUAACAGCCUGACUUCCAACCUUCUUGAUGUCAUCGGAAAACAGAGCAGGUACCGUCUGGUUCAUACUGCCUUCUGGGGCUUGUGCUUCAUGGCUGCGAUGGUGCUCGGGCUGCUUGGUAAUCCAUUGGGCCACGAGGCUGGCUUUAUGAAGUUCCCUACGGUCUGCAUAGUUGGUUUUGUGCCACACCUGCUCAUCUUGUUUGGAAUUCUUUCAUGCGUUGUGAUCUACGGGCUAGCCCUCAUCAUUACUGCGUUCUCACUUCCUCUCGAUACUCCUCAGCCAGUCUCUUUACGAGAGAGAUUACAACUCGCGCACGAAAACAUGCAAGGCGCGAGCCAGAUUCGCAGUAUUCGCUUCAACCGACAUGAAGAUUUCUACACUACCCUUCUCAGGAUUGGCUACACAGCUUUGACUGCGGCUAGUGAAGCUGUCUUCCUCAAUGAAGGCGGCGGCGUUGUUGCUAGAAAGAUGACAUGGUUAGAGGAAGAUCGACUAGCAGAAAUCGAGGCAUCCCGAGGUCGAUCCUCUGCCCAGAAGAGCUGGAAUUCCUACGACACAGCGUUCAAAGGCAUGGAGAAUGUGAACUUCGACCUACCAGAAAGGCCUCUGGAAUGGGAAAGCGGGUAUGGUCGCGAGAAAAAGGUUGAACCGCCAAAGAACGGUUCUCGACCCGUUCGAUCGCCAGCUGACCCGGGCGGCGUUGGCGCGUUUCGCGGGGCGACUAGGGCUUAUCAUGUGCUCUCGUUCUUUCGUGCGAUCUUUCAUCUACUUGUGCGGUGGAUGGCCUACGGAAUUAACGCUCUGUUGGACAGACUGGGAAUCCAUGCCCGACCGCAGUGGUUGAAGGCCAGGUCACGGAAGAAGGGAUCCCGAACAGGGCACGAUAAAUCCGUCGAACCGCUGGACUUCUGGAUCCUUACGGAUGAUGGGGAGCUCGAGCUACCUGAAGACAGUGAGUUUGACGUCGAAAACGAAAUGCGGAAGCGUGAGCGCACCAACGCAGCGGAUUGGGGACAGCCUGAUGAGCGCCGACUGGAUGAGAGGCUCUACGACUGGUGGAAGGCCGGUGGCUCAUGGGGGAAUCAAGACCAAAGUCCUGACUACAACCCGCCAGAGACUGAUGAUCUUGAUGAUACAACUAGUGUGAUGUCGAUGUCGACAAACGCCAGCGAUUCGGAAUGGGAAAACGAAUCUGACGGUCGUCGCACGCCGACUCAGGCUGACCCGUUCCCCGACAGCUUCUCCAGAGAAGGGACACCACAGCCAGAUGCGCUAAUGGAUAUUCGUUCCCUUGCACGUCUUCUUGAUCCUCGCGAUCGGGCCAGCAGAGAAGAAGCGCGGAUCCUGGCCGCUCACCUUUCUGCCGAUCGAGGCGGACGAAUCAUGACUCGCCGCCAAUUCCAAAGAGAGUUGGAACGGGAAAAAGCACGGAUUUUGUUGUCUGCUCGUUUACCCCAGCUUGCCUCGGUACAGACAUCCAACGAUAAGAGAAAGCCAACACCAGACGAAGAGUCCGAAAUGUUGGAGAACCUGAUCCUGUCGCGACGAGCAGAGUCAUUCACACCUAAUACAGAACCCAACGGGCAGAGCUGGGAAACUGGUGCUUCGGGACUUGGACCAGAUGGUCCGCCGUGUGUGGUCUGCCAGACGAGUCCUCGCUCGAUCAUCGCUUGGCCAUGCCGGUGUCUCUGUGUAUGCGAAGAAUGCCGUGUCAGUCUUGCGAUGAACAACUUUGGCAGCUGCGUGACUUGUCGACAGGAGGUCGCUGGGUUUAUGCGAUUAUGGGUGCCGUAG